CCGGCGUCCAGGGCAUGGUGUGAUGGCUGCUGAGAAGAGACUGCAAGAAUACGGGGUACUUUGCAUUCAGGAAUACAGAAAAAACAGCAAAGUGGAGCCAAGUACACGGAACAGCUUCAUGGGCUUGAAGGACCAUCUGGGGCAUGACCUGGGCCACCUUCAUGUGGAGAGCACUGACCCACAUUUAAGCACAUCUGUACCUUGGUCAGUAGUAGAAAAACCAACAAUGGAUAAAGUUAAUUCGGGGAAGGAAGAAAAAGAGGUGUCUGAAGAGAAUGCGAGCUCUGGUGACUCUGAAGAAAGCACAAAUUCUGAUCAUGAGUCAGAACAACGGAGUAGCAUAUCAGUAGAGCCAUGCUUACUAACCAAGACGCACAGGCAACUUUGUAGGUCUCCCUGUUUAGAGCCUCACAUACUCAAACGCAGUGAAAUCUUACAAGACUUUAAACCUGAAGAGUCCCAGACUAUGUCCAAGGAAGUGAAGAAACCCCCUGAUGUGAUGCGAGAAUACCAAACAAAACUGGAGUUUGCACUUAAGUUAGGUUAUUCUGAAGAACAAGUUCAGCUUGUGCUAAACAAACUAGGUACUGACGCUUUAAUCAAUGAUAUUUUGGGAGAACUUGUCAAACUUGGAAAUAAAAGUGAGGCUGAGCAAACAGUUAGUACAAUUAACAGUAUAACACGGGAAACGUCUUCCCUGGAAUCUCAGCGGUCUGAUUCUCCAAUGCAGGAGAUUGUAACAGAUGAUGGAGAAAAUCUGAGACCAAUAGUUAUUGAUGGCAGCAAUGUGGCAAUGAGCCAUGGAAACAAAGAAGUCUUUUCCUGCCGAGGAAUAAAAUUGGCAGUGGAUUGGUUUUUGGAAAGAGGUCACAAAGAUGUCACAGCUUUUGUUCCUGCUUGGAGAAAAGAGCAGUCCCGGCCUGAUGCCCUCAUUACAGAUCAAGAAAUUCUUCGUAAAUUAGAGAAGGAGAAAAUCCUGGUGUUCACACCGUCCCGGCGAGUCCAGGGCAGGCGAGUGGUGUGCUAUGACGACAGGUUCAUCGUGAAGCUGGCUUUUGAGUCCGACGGUAUAAUUGUAUCCAAUGACAACUACAGGGAUUUGGCUAAUGAAAAACCAGAAUGGAAGAAGUUCAUAGAUGAGCGAUUAUUAAUGUAUUCAUUUGUCAAUGACAAGUUCAUGCCCCCUGAUGACCCUCUUGGCAGACACGGCCCAAGCCUGGAUAAUUUUCUGAGGAAGAAACCUAUUGUCCCUGAACACAAAAAGCAGCCUUGUCCAUAUGGAAAGAAGUGUACCUAUGGACACAAGUGCAAAUAUUAUCAUCCAGAGAGGGGCAGCCAGCCUCAGCGGUCAGUGGCUGAUGAACUUCGUGCCAUGUCGAGAAAUACAGCUGCCAAAACUGCAAACGAAGGAGGUCUGGUGAAAAGCAACAGCGUGCCCUGCAACACCAAGGCUGACAGCACUUCUGACGUCAAGCGAGGUGCUCCAAAGAGGCAGUCGGAUCCCAGCAUCAGGACUCAAGUCUACCAAGACCUAGAGGAAAAGCUUCCCACCAAAAACAAAUUGGAGACCAGGUCUGUACCCUCCUUAGUUAGUAUACCGGCUGCUUCUACUGCAAAACCCCAAAGCACUGCUUCGUUAAGCAAUGGCCUUCCAUCUGGAGUUCAUUUCCCACCUCAGGAUCAAAGACCACAGGGACAGUAUCCUCCAAUGAUGAUGGCAACCAAAAAUCACGGCACGCCAAUGCCUUAUGAACAGUAUCCCAAAUGUGACUCACCUGUUGACAUUGGGUAUUAUUCCAUGUUGAAUGCAUAUUCAAAUCUGAGCAUCUCAGGCCCACGAAGUCCUGAAAGGCGUUUUUCCUUGGACACAGAUUACAGGAUAAGUUCUGUAGCUUCUGACUGCAGCAGUGAAGGGAGCAUGAGCUGUGGGAGCAGUGACUCAUAUGUGGGCUAUAAUGACCGGUCCUACGUCAGUUCUCCUGACCCACAACUAGAAGAGAAUUUAAAGUGUCAACACAUGUACCCUCACAGCCGCCUUAAUUCUCAACCCUUCCUGCAGAAUUUCCAUGACCCCUUAACCAGAGUACAAAGUUACAGUCAUGAAGAACCAAAGUACCAUCAUAAGCCUCCUCUUCCACAUCUGGCUGUGCACCUGCAGCACCCAGCUGUGGGAGCCCGGUCCAGUUGUCCUAGCGACUACCCCUCUCCUCCAAGUUCAGCACACUCUAAGGCACCACACCUAGGGCGGUCCUUAGUGGCCACAAGGAUAGACAGCAUUUCUGACUCUCGGCUGUAUGACAGUUCUCCUUCAAGACAAAGAAAGCCUUACUCCCACCAGGAAGGGCUGGGAAGUUGGGACAGGCAGGGAUAUGGGAUUGAUGCAUAUGGCUAUCGGCAGACUUAUUCGCUGCCUGACAACUCCACACAGCCGUGUUAUGAGCAGUUCACCUUCCAGAGCCUGCCUGAGCAGCAGGAGCCGACGUGGCGAAUACCGUACUGUGGGCUGCCACAGGAUCCUCCAAGAUACCAAGACAACCGAGAGAAGAUUUAUAUCAACUUGUGUAACAUCUUCCCACCUGACCUUGUGAGAAUUGUCAUGAAAAGGAACCCUCACAUGACAGACGCCCAGCAGCUAGCUGCAGCCAUUUUAGUGGAGAAAUCACAGCUGGGUUAUUGAAAGAUGAUGCAUCUUUGUGGUGUUUAGUAGUUUUUUGUUCAGCUCAAAUGCUGAGGGAGGUUUGCUACAAUAGCACAUGUGAUCUCCUUCUCAGCAAGGAGGUUAUAUAGUAUCCAUUUAUGUGAAAUACUAUUAUCAUGGAAUCUGUAUGUAUAGCCCCACAUAGUGGAAGUAUCACAGGAUUGCUUUACAUUUAAACUUUUUUUUAACAUUUCCUUUUUAAAGCUAUAUCCUUGACUGGACAUUGUUCCAGUUUGAUUUAUUAGAUGUAUUUGUGAUCUUUGAUAUUAAUCUUUGGUGCAUCAGGGGUUUAUAUGCAGCACUUUUUAUCCUUAUUUCAUGUUUUAUUACUUGGUGUUUCUCUAUCAAUUGCAAGCAAUUACAAUACCUUCAGAAUGUCGAACAUUUGACUAGACCUAGCAAACUAUUUUUUCAAGCCAAGCUUAAUUGGAAUCUUUUACAGCUUUUUAAGUUAUUUUUAUUUGGGGAAAGUGGGCUUCUUUGUGCUAUAAUCAUUAUUUAUAGAAACAAAGAUAUACUACAGCACUGACUCUAUAUUUUAAACAAAUGUAAGUUACCAGUUUAUGUUGAAAUGGGUAACAUAAUAGAAUGAUUUACAAUAUGGCACUUUUUAAUGUUUUAUUUUUGUUUGGAUUUACUGUCAAGUAAUUAGUUAAUUUAAUAUAGUGGAUUUAAAGGAAAGCCGAUGCAAUCAAUGGAAAAAAUUGUUUCCAUUUUUUUCUUACGAAUAAGGCAGAAGCCAUAACUGUUACAGUUUAGAGCUUUGCUAUCCAACUAUGAUGUGCUUCUAGGUAGUGGAAUGGAAUUCCUUGAUUUCCAUUGACCUAUGUUUUCAAUGUGUUUGUCUUUUGUUUGGGGGCACAACAUACUGGAUAAAAUAACCCUUUCGCAGUACUUGCCUGUUUUUAAUGAAUCUAAUUAUUCUCAAUGCAACUUUUAUAUUUAAUAUACUCUUUAGCUUUCCUGCUGUUUAUCAAGAUUGGCCUGAGGUGGUUUUAUGUGUUCAGGAUAUGCAACGUUUAUUGAUGCUGCACUAUGGGAAUGGCGAGGGAGGAGUUGUAAAUGGUAACUUAAAAUUUUUGUAAGAUACUGUAUAUUUUCCAUUUUCCUGAAGGUUGUUUUAUGGGGAGCCUGUUAUAUUAUUAAGGCCAGAUUCUUGCCACAAAUAGUGUAGUUUUAGAUACAGACUAAAGUCUGUUUUAGUAUUAGUAAGGGAUAUUUCUGGUUUCAAAGUCAUGGGUUUUGCUAGAUGCUAAUUCAUUUUUAUUGGUUAGAAGAUAGAUAUUGCAAUCAGGGGCAGACAGUUGUGUGAUUGACAUGACUUCCCUGUUGCCUCCAGUUUUUGAAUUUUACUUAGAGUAACAGACUCAUAUUGAUCUGUUUCUAUAGUCUGCCAAGAUGCCCUGGUUAUUCUGAUUAUUCCAUAUGAUACAGUUUGAAGUAAAGCCCUGAAAAACCAGAAAGUACCUUUUACUGUUGAUACAAAUUGUAUCUUUUUAACUAUAAGAGCUAUUUUGAUUUGUAGAUCUAGUUAAAACACAAAUGUGUAACUAUAAUUAGACUUUUGGGCAACAUUUUAUCCCUUAUUUAAAUACAAAUUUUUUAAGUAAAAUUGAGGUCUAGAAUAAGGUAGAAAAUUAAAGUAAUAAUUUAGGUAAAUAAAAGUGUCUGUCCUAGUUUUAUAUAAUAUAUUAAAAUAUAUUAAAUAAAUAUUGGCAUUUACUUUCUCCUAAAACAUAUCUAGUGUGAACUUAAAAUAAAGGUAAAAUGCUGCCUGAAAAUAAUGUCCAAGCACCUUUGACUAGGAUAACAUUUUCACUACUUAUGUGGCACUGUGUGUUGCAUGAAGUAGGAUUUGGGUAUACAGUAAAUGCUUCUAAAAGGCAUUGUGCAUAUUGACAUAUCCAAUAAUCUGAACCGUGUUCAGCAAACUUAAUUCAGGAAAGUGGUGUUCUAUACAAUUAUUGCUGUUGUUUUUGAGGUGAGUGUGGCUCUCGUCUGUACCUGGAAAGAUUACGGGUGAUGCCACACAAACCGUGCUGAGUGGGUCUGAGAGCAACCCACUCAUUUGUGGAACUGUUCUCCGUGGUGUUGUGGGUCACUAUCUGUAGAACAAGCUUAAAUGUAGAGGCAAAACCAGUGCCAAAAAUAGGGUUACAAAUGUGUAGUACCUUUUAGUCAUAUUCUAAGCCUUUUUUAAAGCGUGAAAUCACUUUUAAAUUUUACAUGUAGGUUUUGCUUUCAUUUUCUUAAUUUUAGUGUCUUAAUUGGAGAUUCUGCCAAUAUUUUAGAGAUUUUAGGCAAAGUGUAUAUCACACUUUUAAUUUUAUCUUAAUGUUUUUAGCUAACAAUUUGUCAUUGCUUCAUGGAUUUUAGACUAUGGAAAACAGUGUGGCUUGCCACACCUAUUGAAGGGAAGCGCUCUGAACUUCCCACACUGAAGUCCUUCAGUGUGAUUUUAAGUUAAGAGAGAGCCAUUUUCUUAGGUCAAGAGCCAUUUUCUUAGUGUCCCCCCCCCCUUUUUUUAAGCACCAGUGUUGCUUUCAGAGCUUAAGAAUCAGAUAUUUAGCAGACUUUAUAUAUAGCAAAUUCUUAAUUAUCUAAAGCAAUAAGUAAAAGAAUCUAUCAUUAAAUUAAAUCCCUAGCUGACUCCAAACCUUUAAUUUAGCCAAAACUUUCACCCUAAUCAUAUCUUUUACCAGACUUGCUAAUAAAUAAGAGGUGUGUUAGUAAGUAGUCAAGCUACCAGGAGAAGAGAUUCCGAUUGGAGUAUUCUGCCCCUGAAUAAUUGAGAGUUGACUGUACUUUACACAGUAAUUAACCAGUUCAUUGUCUCUGUGUCUUAGUACAGAGGGAAUAAUACCCAACUGGCCAAAUACUGGCCCUUAGUAUUUCCUCCUUUCUUGCAUGUGAUAUGUAAGUUUUCAGUCUCCUUUUUAUGAUCUCUGUAUCCUGAUAGAGUUUGUCAUUGACCUGAACAUUUGAAAAAAAUGCAAACCAGUAUAAAAUAUUUGAUACUGGUAGAAACUAGAACUUUGUGUUUUUAUGAAAAUUCAUUUAUAAGCAUAUGUAAUAUAACUAAAAAGACUGUGUAUAUAUAUAUAUAUACAUAUACAUAUAUAUAUAUACAUGCAUACAUAUUUGUUAUGAAGUAUUAACAAUGGGAGGGGGUUAUGCUUUUGAUGGCUAACUUUUCCUUAGUUGAACUAUGUUUCUUUGAGUUGUAUAUGUCCAAGUCUGGAGUCUGGAUGACCAAUGAUAAGAUUUAGAAACACUUGAAUGGAAAGCAACUCUUCACUGGUUUUAUUCCUGGUAUUUUUAAAGAAUUUUUUUGAUAAAUUUAAUAGAAUGUGUAACUUUAACACACACACACACACAAAACUUAAAGUAGUAUUGAUUAUACAGGUAAUUAUUUAACAUGUAUUUUAUGGAUGUAUCUAUAUGUAUAUAGACAGUAAUAUAUUUAUAAAACAAAGAUACUCUAUGUUGUAGCUAUUAGUUUGUGGUAAGUAGGAGGAUGGCUCUGGGUGUGUGUGUGUGUGUGUGUGUGUGUGUGUGUGUAUGUGUGUGUGUGUGUGGAAAACUAUCAAGCUGUUUUUCCCCAUUGAAUGGCAUUUACCCUAAGGUGUAUUUGGCUUUGGUUAUUCUUUUUGCUAUCAAACUUCCUUAUUCAAGAUAAAAUAAGAUGCAGUUUUCUGGCCAUUCUGUUAGUGUAUGGAUAGUGCAUUUUAUUAUCAUCCAGCUCCUGAAGAAUCCCAGGGUGACAGGAAGUCAAACAGGCUGUAGCCAGAAUCUUUAAAUAUACUAGACAUGGGGACUCAGCUAGGAUGUUGACUUCCUAGGUAUAUACCAACAAAUAAAAUGAAGUAUAAAAUACAUGAAUUGUACACAUGCAUUAAAAUAAGAGAACAAGUGUUAAUAAAAGUAGAGAAGUAUGCAUUAAUUUAGGUUGGUCUGGGAAACCCUCUAGGGCAAGGGUUAACAAACUUUUCUGUAAAGGAUCAGAGAGUAAGUAAUUCAGGCUUUGAGGAUUGUAUGAUCUCUAUCAAAAAUACUGACCUCUGCCCCUAUAGCAUGGAAUUAGCCACAGACAAUGUAUAAAGGAAUGCGCGUGGCUGUGUGCCAGGAAAACUUGAGUUACUGAAACAGGGCAGUUACUCAACAGGCCAGUUCUGGCCUGUGGGGCACAGUUUGCUGAUCCCUGCCCUAGAGGGAGAAAAACAGACAUAUUAAGCAUUAAAUCCUGAUACAUGCUAAUAUAAGAGAUAACUAUGUUUCAGUGGACAAUGAAAGAAAAUAUUUUAUUGAUGGUCUUCAAAAGAAGAUUGUAAGACAGUCAUAUUAAAGCAUCUUAAUUCACUUACGUGCUUUACCAGCUCACACCCAUUAUUUAUUAGAGAGAUUUCUUUUGUUUAACUACACACAAAAAGCAUUCUGUAAAAAGAUAUUUUAAUAAGUACUAAAAUUGUCUCAUGAACUUUAUAUUUCUAUUGAUAAAUGGAAUCCCUUACCUACCUUUUGUUUCUUAAGGGCCUCAUGGACCAAAAAUUCUGUUGUGUUUUGAAAAUUAGCAUAUAAUUAGCCACAAAAUAUUUUAAAGACUGCAUUUAUCAGUUACAUUUUUCUGCUGAUUUUUGACUUCUAAAAAAUGACAGGCCCUUCUUUAAAAAUGGUUUGAAAGAAGAUGUAUUGUAAUUUCACAUAGUGUAGCUUUAGUCUGUAAGGUUAAGAAUUGUGACCAGUGUAAUAGUAGCUAAAAUGUGAGUGCAUUUGCUGUAUUGGUUGGUGUCGCUAUAAGAAACAAAGUGUAUCCCUGCUUUCGCUGUCCAGACCUUUAGUGUAGAUUUUUUAAAGAUACUUUGGGACAGUCCUUGGUGAAUGGUAUUCUUAACAUAAUCAUGUGUAAUUUUAAAUUCACUGGACAUAGACGCUGUGGAGCAUGUUCAUUCAUGGUGUUUUAUAAAUUGUUACAUCAGUAGUAUCAUUUCCAUUCGUCUUGAACAUACCAUCCACUUAAGUAGUUAUAUUUUCUGUUGAAAUUGGAAUACAAUUCUAGCUUUUAAAGGUAACUGGUUGCUUGAUUUUUUUUUCUUUAAUGUGCCUAUUAACCUGCUUUUUACUUCGUUACAAUAAUACUGCAAUGUGUUAGGUGUGGCUUUCCCCACGGUCCUUAGUCUUUCGGAUUUAAAAACAAUAUAAAGUUUUGACCAUUUGGCAGUUUAAAAAAAUG